AUGUCUUCUUUUCUCGUUCGAAAUCUAAUUUUCAUAGCGAUAAUCGGUUUAGCGAAAUGCGAAACAGAUAGACCGUGGUACGAAACUCUACCCGCAGUGGCAAUGGACUACAAGGUGCAUAUCGAUGCCGGAAAGGAGGAUUGCUAUUUCCAAUUCGUAAAUCCAGGCGCAACUUUCUACGUCAGCUUCCAGGUACUACGUGGCGGAGACGGAAAGGCCGGAUUUGCAGUGAGAAAUCCGGAAGGUGUGAUCGUUCAUCCGUACCAAUGGAGAACCGACGUGGAUUAUCAGGAUCAGUCGGUUACCGGAGGUUAUUACAGCGUUUGCAUCGACAAUCAAUUUUCCAGAUUUGCCCCGAAAUUGGUGAAUUUGUAUAUAACAGUUAUCAGGUACGACCAAUGGGAGAAGUACACAAAGGAAUUGGAGGAGUUAAAUCUCUCGGUCGAAAAUUUCACGAGUACAUUGAGAGGCGUGGAGAAAAACAUUAAUGACAUAUUGCAAACGCAACAUUUGAGCCGUAGCCGAGAAGCAAGAGAUUUAAAUCUGCUUCUGGACAAUAAUUUUUACGUUCAAACGUGGUCCAUCGCGCAAAUAAUUGUUAUUACAGUGACUACCGUGAUACAGGUUUACUUUGUUAAGAGAUUAUUUGAAGUCAGACCAUCGAGAUAUUCGAAAGCGAGCCUCUGAUUACCGAAUGAGAAUACGAUGGGAAGACGACAAUGUCCACUGUUUUAUAUUUUGCCGUUUUCUUUAUGGCGAUAAUAAUGGUCGGAUAUCGAAUCUUACCGAUGUUUUCGUUUAAAUCUGUUAUACAAACUAUUGUAUCUUUGUAUGAUUCCUAUAUACGAGCGUGUAAUUUUAACGCGCAAAUUUAAUUCAAAAGUUUUCUAUAUUUUUGAUAAAAUUUGAAAUAUUUUAAUUCAACGUAUUUACACGUCACGUUACCACCACGUUUACUCUUCUCACAAUACUCUUCUCGUAGAAUCGAUGCUGUAAUUGAAGUAAGACUGUACCGUUAUCUCGAUAAGCAAACAUUCCACUUGUCGUUUGAGCGUUAAACGUGUUUUGACUGUACUUCACAAUAAGUUAUAUCGUGAUAACAAGGAGAGCGAUAUAGAUUUAUUAAAUGGUGUCCUAUUAAAUUACAUUUAAAAUGUACAUAAACGUACGAACAAUAAAUGCAGACAUACUUUUGUUACGAUA